UCUCCGAGCGGAAGUUUUAACUGUCGAAGAGGUAAACACGAGCAUCUACGAGCGGAAGUUUUAACUUUCCAAUAAAGUGCUGUUUCAAGCAAAAAAAAUGGACUAAAACCGUUACUGGACGAAACGGCUGUUGCAGUGGCGCCGCUGAGUCAGCCGGCCUGGCCCUGAUUGCCCACCCCCCCCCACCACACGCACUUGACAGACUCGACUCGGUGGACUCCCUCAAGUGUCAGUCUAGUCCCGACAUGUCCCGGCGUCGCUAUAAGAGCAGCCGCCGCCGGUGCCUCCGCUCUUUCUCCUCAUCUGCACUUUAACGCUUUGCCACUUGCACACAUGGAAGGAACGCCGACGGCAGGAACACCGACGGCGGCGGACUCCGAUUGUCUUCACGUCGACUGACAAACAACAUGAACACUUCUGAUUACAACAAAGUGGUGCGGCCCAAGGCGGAGUUAGCCACUUUGCUCCAGCUGGCGGGAGCCACCAAAGACGUCCUCACCUUGAGGGAGGUGAUGUUCUACUUGGGCCAGUACAUCAUCCGCAAGCAGCUUUACGACAAGAAGCAGCAGCACAUCGUGCACUGCGCCCAAGACGCGCUCGGCCGCAUACUGGGAGUGGAGACCUUCUCUGUCAAGCAGCCUCGGAUUUUGUUUGCGAUGCUUGCCAAGAACCUGGUGAGAGUGAGGAGCCAAGAAUCGGCACAGAGCUUCGGCGAAGGUGCCGGCAGCAGCCAGACGCAGCAAUCCGCACAGGAAGCGGCAGCGGGUAGCGGUUCCUCGCCCCCCGACGUACGACGACGGCGGCGGCGGCGUACGAGGAGCUCCAGGAGCAACGACGCCGGUCCCUCCUGCGGCUUACAGGGGGACGAUAACGACAACGGGUCCGUGGCGGCCGAGGACGACGGCGAGGGCGCCAAGAGGAGCCGCUCGGACAGCUACUCGCUAACUUUUGAUGACAGCCUGUCCUGGUGUGUGAUCGGUGGACUGGGAAGCGGACGGGACAGACACAGCAGCCAAUCGUCAGAGAGCAACUCCGCCGGGUCGGACGCGACGGCCGCCGCCGACUCGGACGGCGACAACUUCAGCGUGGAAUUCGAGGUGGAGUCCGUCGACUCUGAUGACUACAGCGAAGACGACGCCGCUCUGUCCGCUGACGAUCAGGAGGUGUACGAGGUCACCAUAUUCGACGACGACGACUCGUUCGACGAAGACACCGAGAUCACCGAAGCCGACUACUGGCGCUGCGACGGGUGCGACGAGUUGAACCCGCCUCUCCCGAGGAACUGCCUGCGCUGCUGGAGUCUGCGCCAGGAUUGGCUGCGCUGCGCUUCCUUGCCGGCGUGCGCCGACGCUGCAGGUUCCGACGGCGAGGACGGCGUGGACGUUCCGGACGGCAAGACUGUCAUCGCCUCGUCGGCGCCCGACUCCCAGGAUGCGCUGCCCGCCUCGCGCCCGCCGUCCUCCUGCAGCUCGUCCUCGCAGGAGAAGUCGUGGACGACGUGCGACUCGCAGCCGUCGUCCGCCGCCAACUCCCAGGAGCAGCCCGCCGACGCCGUCGUCGUCCCCGAGCUGGAACGAACGGUGUCGGCCGACGCCCGCCUGCCCGACUCGUGCCUGGACCCGUGCCUCAUCUGCCAGUCCCGGCCCAAGAACGGCUGCAUCGUCCACGGGAAGACGGGACACCUGAUGUCCUGCUACGUGUGCGCCCGCAAGCUGAAGAAGCACAACAAGCUGUGCCCCGUGUGCCGGAUGCCCAUCCAGGCCGUCGUCCUCACCUACCUCAGCUGAGAUGUCCCGCGUGCCCGUCUCGUUCGUCGUCUCCACCUUUCCAACAGGCAGAAUGUUCCAGACUCAGUUGAGUUCCAGUGCAAUCACACAAUCAGUAGAUUAAUCAACAGUCAAGUGAAUUCAUGUUUUAGUUGUUGCUGCGACUUUCCCCACCAGAGGUCGCUAUUGUGAAAAUUAACGCCCCCCCCCCCCCCAAAAAAAGUGUUUUCUUGUGUGCCGAAAGGUGAGCACCAGUUCACAAUGGACAUGUUUAUUUAUUUCAGCACACGCACACUUUGUUGUUUGAAUAACAUGAUUGAAAAGCUUAUUCUAUUGUUGAGAUUUCUAACGCGCCGAAGUUGAUAAUAAAAGGGUUUUGCUCACAUUGUGCUUUAUUACAGUAGCUUGUAACGAGACGUUUUCAUGUUCAAAUGACACAAUAUGCUCAACAUUCUCAAAGUGCGGUACGCUAAAGAAUUAAUAAUUCUUAAUAUUUUAACUGUCAAGUGCAAUAUAUUUGCAUUUAAUGUGUUGCAACUUUGUGCUUUCAAUAUUUAACUUAUGUGCAAUAUAUUUAAUUGAAUCAUUGAAUACUUUUUUCCCUAUAGGCUCCGUGUUCAAUUGGCAUCAUGUUGCAGUAGCUUACAAUAUUAAAUGUCCUUAAUGACUAAAACCUCUGCCUCCGUCUUGAUGAAAACUUGGGACUUCUAUUUGGGCAGUUAUUUAUUGAAGUGGUGCAUAUAUUUUAGAAUUAUUAGGAACUUAAUGAUAGCAUUACACAAUAGUGAAAAGAUCGCAUGUUGUAAAAAUACAUUUUCAAAGCUUGUUUGGUAUCUGGAGAAAUAAAGCAAAUCCCAGAAUGGUGAAAAAAGCAAA